AUGAAACUUUCAGCCCUCAUAACACUCGCCGUCGCACUGACGGUAUUCACUGACGCCCGCGCUGUCGAGACUAGACAAGAAGACGGCUUGGGAUACAUGGAUGGCAAAAGCAGCACGAGCAGCAAUGACGACAUGAAAAAUACGAAGAGCGCGAAUGUCAGUGACGACAUGUACGACGCUUAUCACCAAUCCAACGACUACGACAAAUACCCAACACCUAAAGCCGACGGCGGAAAGGCAUGGGAAGAUGCUUUCAAGAAAGCCAAAGAUGUCGUCUCACAGAUGACUGUUGACGAGAAGGGUGGCAUCGUUCUCUCACAUGAUGGCAGAUGUGUCGGUACGACUCAUGGUGUAGAACGUCUCGGUAUCCCUGAGCUUUGCAUGAUGGACGGCCCUACAGGUGUGCGUCCAGUACAUGGAGUAAGCUCCUACCCAGUGGGACAGGCAGCUGCCGCUACGUGGGAUAGAGAACUCAUCUACCAACGUUCAAAGCACAUGGGACAAGAGUUCUUCGAUAAAGGCGUUAACGUCGCUUUGGCACCUGUAGCAUCAGGCCCUCUUGGACGCUCACCUCUUAUGGGUCGUAAUUGGGAGGGAUCAUUUGCUGAUAGUUAUUCUAAUGGCAUAUACACGUACGAAAGUGUAACUGGUCUUCAAGACAGCCAUGUCUCAGCUACAAUUAAGCACUUUAUCGGAUACGAACAAGAGACAGCUCGUCACCCUUACCAAACCGAUUCGUCAACUGACCAAGAGCCGAUCUCUUCAAACAUCGACGACAGGACUAUGCACGAAGUCUAUAUGCCUUCUUUCGCGGAGGGUGUGAGAGCUGGUUCUGGCAUGGUCAUGUGCUCCUACAACAACAUCAAUGGAACGACCGCCUGUGGCAAUGCUCACGCUCAAAAUGGCCUAUUGAAGACUGAGCUCAAUUUCGAAGGCGCCAUCAUCUCGGACUGGGGUGGAGUGCACUCUGAUGUCGACUCUAUAAUGUCCGGGCUAGACGGAUCCUUCCCAGGUGUUGGAUACGGCGGCGGCUUUGGAUCCUUCUGGGAAGACUUGCCUGAGUUGGUAAAAAACGGCUCGGUCUCUGAAAGCAGAUUGGACGACGCAUGCCACAGAAUGUUGACACCUUACUUCUGGCUCGGUCAAGAUGGUAAGCACACUCCGCCCGAGGUCAAGUUCGUCGGAAACCCCUACUUCGAGGACGGUGAAUCAACAUACACCAACGUCCGUGAUCCUUCCUCAACUGAGGUUCUUCGCGAUUUAGCAACUGACUCUGUUACGCUGCUGAAGAAUAAUGGCGGUCUACCACUCAACCGUCCUCAACGCCUCGCUGCUGUCGGUGCACUCGAUGGUACUGAUGUCAGCGCAUGCAGCGACUCGGGAACCUCUUGCAACUACACAAUGUCUACCAUCACUAUUGGCGGAGGAUCGGGAUACACCAUUUCACCGUAUGAAGUCACUCCUCUCGACGCGAUCAAGGAGAAGGUCAUUCAACAGGGCACUGAACUUUCAUACGCGCUUGAAAACGAUGAAGACGUGAUCAACGAAAUCUCAUCAAGAGCUGAUGCUACGCUCGUAUUUGUCAGCGAAUGGGCUGAGGAAGGAGAAGAUCGCGAUGAUCUAGACAUAGUUGAGGAGCAAGCCAAGAUCCUUGACACCGCCGUCAAGGCAUCUUCGAACGUCAUCCUAGUGUUGAACACACCUGGCGUUGUCGACAUCGAGAAAUGGGCUGACAAUGACAAUGUUACUGCUAUCGUGGAGACGUAUUACCCCGGCCAAGAAUCAGGAAACGGCCUUGUGCCAAUCUUGUUUGGUGAAAAGUCACCAAGCGGCAAGCUUCCUUACACUUGGGGUAAGAAAUUAUCAGACUGGCCAGAAAACACUAUCGUUAGAAGCGAUGAUGAGAACCCUCAAUCGUAUUUCAAAGAUGGACUCUUUUUCGACUACAAAUGGUUCGACAAGCAAGACAUCGAACCUCGCUAUGAAUUUGGAUUUGGUCUUUCUUACACUAACUUCGAAUUUUCUAAUAUCAGCGUUGAGGAUAACCACAAGAAGGAUGAUAAGGAAAUUCAAGCUACCAACGAGCCAUUCGCUAGUUACGACGGCUCAAAUAGCUUCUACGACACAGUGAAGACGGUAAAAGCGACAGUGACUAACACUGGAGAUAUGGACAGUUCGGAAGUCGUUCAGUUGUACGUGACAAUCCCAUCAGAAGGCGAGCCUAUCCGUCAGCUCAGGGGAUUCGAGAAAGUGAAGAACCUUAAGAGCGGUGAAAGUAAACAGGUUGAGAUGGAUCUGCGCAUCAAGGAUCUGUCAGUUUGGGAUGUUGUGCAACAAACCUGGGUAAUGCCAUCUGGAGAGUACGUGUUCUACGUCGGAAACAGCUCUCGCAACUUGCCAUUGAAAGUUACUUGCUCAAACUAA